GGAAAAGAGAAUAAACACAAUUCGAGUGGACAAGAUCAUGUUCGAGGUCUUAAUUUUUUAUAGCAUUCCAAGAUAUUCCGGUUUAAAUUGACGUGAAUGUACAGAGAAGCAGUAGGCUGGGUCUUCACAGCCCUCUUGGCAUCCAGCUCUCUAGUCGGCACAUUUUCUUACCCCAACGUCCAUGUCAACUCCCCCUCGGUAUCAGUAACCGUAUCCCCCCAACCGUCGUCUUUAGAAUCCCGUAAUUUUUAUCCCGUAAAAGGUCCUAGAGACAUUCCUGACCAGAGGAUCGAAAGAAAGUUUGCAGAAAAGCCGAAUCAUGUCAAGAAAGUGGCACUCGAUCGGUUGGAUGACAUAGAAACGAAUUCGAUAGCUGAGAGUAGCGCCAGUGCCGGAGGAGGAGGGUUCUCGUGGUCAAAUCUUUUAGGUAUGGUAAUGCAAAUGAUCUUCAACCCUGGCGGUGGUAACCAAGGUCCAAGCAAAUCCGAGGGCCUUGAAGAUGGUCCAAUCCAACCAACUUCCCCAUGGGCAAAUCUAUUGUCUGUAGGUCUUAAAAUUCUGACUGCCAUUUUAGGAGGUGGUGGAAAUACAGGAGGAGAUGGAAUUGACAAAGUCGAUAACGGAAAUUCACCAAUGCAGGGUGUUCUGGAAGCCGUAGUCUCAGCUGCACUGGGAAACAGAGAUCCUGAACAAGUUAACAAGAUUGCUAGACAAGCUGGUGAGUUCAUCAACAUCGUAGUUAAUCUGUUGGACGCUUUGAAGACGUCUUUCUCCCACCGUUCCUUGAGAGCCAGGCACUUGGGAAGGAAGGAUUCGAUCAGCGAUGCAGCUACAGCUAGUCUUGCCAUGAUAAAAGGAUAUUUGAGAUCAUUGAAGACUGGGGAUACGAAAUGUAUGGAGAGAUAUGUUUGUCAAGCAAACAGCGAAUGUUCUAAAGACAUCGGACAGAGUUCAUUGUACUGCCAUCUUGGAAGUUACGCCGUAAGUUAUAUUUUGGGAACGUCCGUGGGAUCCCCUAAAUUUGACGUGUUCUACGAAGCCGGACGAAGAGGCAGAUUUGGUGACAACUGUCAAGAAAAGUAUUUGGAAUGCAACGAAGUUUAAACACCAACAAAAAAAAGACAAAGUUUUAGAACUGAUCAUGUAAAAUAUGCAUAAAACAUCCAAACUCGCAACGUGUUUCGGGAAAGAAAGUUUUAAACAAAUUCGAU